UCUCUCCAGCUGCUGGACUGACAACUUCCUCUUUCCCUCAGCAAGGAGGGGCCUCAGAUCCUCUAAAAAGAGUGGAAAAGUGUCAAAGUGCUGCGCCUCAGCGAGGAUUACGCUGAAGAUGAAGUUUUCCUUUGUCUUGUUUCUUUUAUUAGAUAUCCCUUAUCUAAAAGGGCAGCAGAAGAUCGAGGAGUUUGAACACGUUCUGCUGAAACUCAAAUUCCCUUCAUAUUACAAUAUUUACUCCAAGUCCUGCUGUAAACUCUAUCCAGGAGGAUGCUACAAGCUGCUGGACAGUGCAGGAUUCACUUGUGAGUUACUGAGAGGAAGAGUUACGACAACUGAGAAAGACGGCUGGAUAGAAUUUAAAAUAUCAAAUGUGCGCUUUGUGGACGGAGGAUAUUACAGAUGUGUUGUGCUGGGAACUCAGAACCGCAUCUACAGUGAUUACUAUGUCGAGGUGUCUGAGGUUUCUGUUCCGCACAGCCAGACUCAGCCUUUACUGACAACAACUGUCAAAACCCCCAACAACUCCACAACGCUCCCAGGCUCCUCUCGGCCUGCUCCGGCACGGGACCACAGUGACAGGGACAGAGUUCCGUGGAGUUUGGGCCUGCCACUAGCUGUCAUUGUGUCCAUUGCAGUGAUGAUUUUGAUUACUUCAGUUAUUGGUAUUGUCUGCUGCAGAGUCGAGGGAAGACGUAAACCUCCCGGUAAGCAGUUUUCAGAAACUCAAUGUGAGUCACUGAAACAAGAGGCCCCGGACAUGAGCGGCAUCGUCUACACAACAGUGGACUUCACAGCUCACCUGAGGCCAACACAGGUGUAUGCAAACCUGAGGAUGCAGCAAGCGGGAUCCCCCGACUCGACCUGGAGCGCCGAGCCCGAUGGGACGGUGGAGUACUCCACACUGGCAAUCCACCAGUGAAUCCACCUGGGAGGAUCUAGUUCAUUUGGGAUUGUAAUGCCACCGGUUUUGUUUUCACCACCACAUUUGAAAUGUUCAGUUUACUAGAUAGACGGUGGAGUUUGAAAGGGAUGUGUCAUGCAGACGGGAGCUAACAAAAACAUGCAUUUGGUUGCAUUAUGGGAAAUGUACUGUAAGAUCCAGCUUUCUCUGGAGCUUGACCCAUAUCAGGGACUAACAAUCACUUUGUUUGAACUAUUCUUUUGUCUUUAGUGACUUUCUAACUUUAUGGAGGUGCAAUAUUAAAUCACUGAACUACCCCAUAUAUAUAUA